GAACAUUAGGAACAUUAAGAACAUUAAAUACUAUACAAAUUUCAUUGGUGUCUAAAUGGAGAUCUCGCUCUUCUCCUCCGUCUUAUGCUGCAAAUCAACCUCCUAUAACAUCAAAUUCUCCACGUCAAACAAGGGUAGACCAGAUCGUUCAGAACUUUUAUACAAAAGUUACUCAAGUAGUCACCCAUGCGCGUCUUAUACAAUACGAUAGCCAUAUAAGCGGAAGAGGUCCACAAAAUGCCAACAUAGUUUUACCCUCACGCCAACCUAUACAUCCUAGAAGGCCCAACAAGUGGUUUAAUCUGGAACUGUGGGAUUCGGAUGUUUACAAAGAUGGUCUUAAAUCUUGGCGUCAGGCAUCCCAAGCGUCAACAGGAACCGUACCACUUCCAAUGAUAAUCGAGUUUUUUCUGGAUGUUUCAGAUUUAAACAAAAAUCAAACUCUCUUUAUAACCGACGAGAUUUUAAGGAGGCAAAAAGUUGAUUUGUAUAAUAUAGGUGGAUCUAGUAGUAAAUCCUCAAAAAAUAUUGUAUUGGAAAGUUGGCAAUUGACUUUAAGCCAUCCUUUACCUGAUCCACUACCAGACUUACCCGUUGUCUAUAAAAAGUCCAUCGCUUUUUUUCGCACAUUAUAUGCUUACGUUAGACUGUUGCCAGCUUAUCGCCUUUACAGACGAAUAAGAAAAAAGAAAUUGAGCAGUGCUUUGAAAAUUGGUUAUAGGUUCGUAUUGCCAACUAGCAGAAUUCACGAUUAUAUUGGUAUAGAUGUGCCUAUAAUAGAGGGAGAGUCAAGACCAACAUCUGCUGAUUAUAAAUUUAAUUCUAUUGAUACGCCUUUGGGAGUAUUAUCAUUAAAAGUCAACUACAGGACAAAUUGUGAAUUCCAUGUUGACGAUUCUUCGGAGACACCUCCCUCUGGUUUUCCACAUCCAGGGUCUUCACCUAAACACACAAAUAGCCAAUUAACUGUUGACAUUCCACCAAUUCGAACACUUAGUCCAUCUAGGUCAAAUCCUGAAAUGAAAGAAAACUCUAGUCUUACAUUUCCCAAACUUUAUACCCAAUCUAGUUCGACGACUCUCGGAUCAAAUUUUUCAAGGCGUGGAUCUAACACUUUAGAACCUAUUAUGGUAAGUCCUACAUCACAGAGUUCAAGGCAACGUGAAUACUCGUCAUUUUACUCACCAACAGGUCCGAAUGUCACAUUAGUGAAGCCUUUUAAAUCUCCGUCACUUUCCUCUUCCCCAGUAAAUCAUGAAAUGAUGCCUCCGUCUCCAACGCUACUCGAUCGAAUGUCUACUUUACAUCUACAUCGAUCACCUUCACAACUUUCUUUUCAACAGCGAGGUACACCAACCAUGUCUUCUUCUGUGAAAUCAACUUCUUCUGCUGGAAGCCUCCCCAAAUUUUCCUCUAGCUUCACCAGUUUCACUAACCGGUAUGAUAAGGCCACCAGCUCAACCACAAGGGAACGUGAUGGGAGUUAUAGUAGUCGACGACGUUCAACAAAUAGGAGUGACGGUUCUACCAGUGACAGAGGAUCUCUUAAUUCAUCUUUCUUUUCACUAGAUCCGGAGGAUGACGUAGGCGAAUUUGUACGGAUGUUGGAAAGACGAGAACCAUUAAAAAUGUUUAGCAAAAGUCCAACGGGCUCGGACGAUGCCGAUGGUUCAGCUCGUAAUCUAUCCGGCUCUGUAUAUCGAACCCAGUUACAAUUAUCGCGAUUUCAAAAGUUGAAAGAAACACACAAAAAUUUGUCAGAAUCAAUGAUGACAGGUACAGGUGAUAUUAUUACUGGUUCUCCUUCAUCAGGUAUUUCUCUACGUGUUCAUCAAGCAAAGGAGGAUGAUGAUGAUAUUUUUUUUACAAUGAGCGAAUUUUUUGACGAUAAGACUAAUAGCGCUGUGAAUAAUGUUUCUGGUCCAACUCCUGGUAGUUCCGAUGUGCUUGUUGACCAGCCAGCUAUUGUUAAUAAUAAUAAUACCAGUAAUGUAACCGACGUUACAAUUGUUGUCAAUGAUGCCAAUCAGAACA